CGCAGGUUCUUUGCUCUGUGCGAGUGUGCAAGUUUUGUUUUCUCUGUGUUGUUCGAGCUGAGCUGCCAUGCUGGCCGCAAUCUUUGCUACAGAAGCUGACUAAUCCUCGCCGUGCAGAAAGGAAGGCUGAUUGGCGCACGCCAGGUGCUGCACCUUGUGCCUACCCGGCCUCGCCAUCAGCACACAAUUGCGCCAACACAGUGAAAGAAUGUUUUUUGCUUGGCUUGUCUUUUAUGCGGCUUGGGCGCAGGUUGCCCAAAGUGCAGCCAAGGGUGCUGUGACACUUGGGUCUGCCUGUUGUGACUCAAGUAGCCAGGCUUGUUGGAGCACACAAGGGUCAGAUGCAACAAGCAGCGACCGAGCAGCUGCAGUGUGUGAGAGCAGGUCGGUUUGCAGCACGCGGGCGCCAAAGGCCGUGUUAUCACUUUUAUCACCUUGGCAAUGCCGGUUCAUGCGCACAGACUGUUUACCCUGAUCUGCUUUCCAUUUUCCGUGCCUCUUGCCUCCGGCGUAUGGCUCGCUCUCCCGCCAGGUUUGUCGGGUGCUUGCGCACAGACUUGCUGAUCAGGCAGAUGUCAGCUUUUACGUAUUCGGACUUUGUUGACUGGCAGUCAGGCUGUCAGCAAGGCAACUGCUUUGUCCCACAAGUGCCCAGCGGGUGUCCAGCAUGCUUGACUGCCGAAUUCGGCUUGUUGCUGGAGAGAUUUACCAAGCCCGCUGGUUGUGUUUUUGCACCAAAUGCGUAAAUGGCGCGAUGGCUUGGCACUAGGAGCCCUUGUCGCACGACGCUUUGCCGAGGUAUGUGCACCAAAAUCCCCCGCUGCUUGAGUCACAACUGGCAGACCCAAGUGUCCCAGCAUCCUUUGCUGCACUUGGUGAUUUGAGAAAGUCAAGCCAUGUCAAUGUUCCAGGCCUGCGCUUUAGUGAGAGGUAAAGAGCCCCAAGAGCGCCCCUUCUUGGGGCUCUUUGCCCACUUUUAGAGCUGCCACCGCCUGAGCUAUGCAAAGUCCUGGUUGCACCUUCCUUGGUGCGAGUCUUGGUUAACUGAGCUGACUUGCCAUGUUGGACAGGAUGCUUGCUACAAAGUCUGACUGGUGUUCGAAACGCCUGAGACAAUGUGCAGGAAGGCAUUCUGCUUGGCGCGCACCAUGUGCUGCGCCGUGUGGCUGCUGGGCCUUCGACAGCGCCAACACAUCGAAAGCGUGUUUCUUGGCCGGCAUGUGGUUGAUGCGUUGCGAGUGCAGAUCGGCGUAGGCACGUCCAAGUUUGCGGUGACACUUGCGUGUUCAUGUCGUCAGUCAAGUAGCCGAGGAUGUGUGGCGCACAAGUUUCAGAGAUAAGAAGAAGCAACCAAGCCACCGCAGUGUGUCAGAUCAGGUCGUUUUGCAGCACGUGGGAGCCAAAGGCUGUGUUUUCAUUUGCGUCGCCUGACAAUGCUGGAUCAUUGGCUUGACAAGCUGUUUACCGUGAUGAGCUUUCAAGUUUAUCUGCCUGUCGCUUCCAACAUAUGGUUCGCGCUCCCGCCAGGUUUUAAGGUUGCUCGCGCACAGACUUGCUCGGACAGAUAUCAGCUUGAACAUUUCGGACUUUGUUGAUUGGCAGUCGGGCUGCCGGCAAGACCACUGCUUUGCCCCACAAGCGCCAAGCGAGUGGCCAGUGUGCUUGACUGCCACAUUGAGCUUGUUGUUGGACAGGGUUGGCAGCGGCGGCCGUCCGCUCGUCGUGUUUUCUUCGCCUCGCAAUAGUUAUCCAUCAUUGGUUUCUGGGUUCUGGCUGUGUCUCCCUCUUGGCAAGUCACGCUUGCUGGCCACCAAGCUGAAGUUUGCCUGCCACACUCUGCAGGCGCAGAGAUGCGCAGAGGCUAUGCGUCUUUUUAAUUUGUCGCCAGAGACCAGCAAAUCCCAAGGAGGCCACUGCACCAAAGUCCAAAGUCACCUUUUUCGGUGCGACACGCAAGCUUUGUUUCCUUUUUGUUCCAUGAACUGACUUGCCAUGAUAGACACGAUGCUUGCUACAAAGUCUGACUGGUGGUCGAAACGCCUGAGACAAUGUGCAGGGAAGCAUGCUUCUUGGCGCGCACCCUGUGCUGCAUCUUGUGCCUACCCAGCCUUGCCGUCAGCAUAUGACGGCACCAACACAUCAAAAGUGUGUUUCUUGGCCGGCAUGUGGUUGAUGCGUUGCGAGUGCAGAUCGCCGUAGGCACGUCCAAGUUUGCGGUGACACUUGCGUGUUCAUGUCGUCAGUCAAGUAGCCGAGGAUGCGUGGCGCACAAGAAAGAGGGAUAACAGAAAGCAACCAAGCCACCGCAGUGUGUCAGAUCAAGUCGUUUUGCAGCCAAAAGCAUAAAGCAUGGAGCCGUCGUGUUUUCAAGGAAGGCAGGUCAUUGGUGUCACACGCCCGAUCCUGACAGCCCCGGCCUUGAUGCAGGCGCCGUGGAAGGCGAGGCCGCAGGGCAGCUGAGCGGCUCGUGGGAGCCGAAGGCCGUGUUUUCACCUUUGUUGCCCUGGCAAUAUCCGAUCAUUUGCACAAGCUGUUUACCCUGAUGUGCUUUUCAAUGUCCCAUGCCUGUUGCUUCCAACGUAUGCCUCCCGCUCCCGCCCGGUUUGAAGGUUGCUCGCGCGCAGACUUGCUUGCCCUACUUUGCGCGUGCAGAUGCUUAGGCUUUGUCGCGCGUGACCAAUGUCCAGAGCGCCCGCUGCACCCGUGUCUCAAGUCGCUGCUGUUUGAGCCGUCAGCUCGAGCUGUAGUGGUUCACCACGGCAUUGCAGUGCGGGUGCGUGACCUGUAGCAAGCAGUGACGAAAUGCUAACUGGCCGCUCUCUUUUCUACAGGUGUUGCUCAAAAGUUCAGGUUCAGGGGUGCAGGAGGAGUGACAACGCGUGUCCACUCCCUAUCCCUGCACCCCCAUGCUGAGCCUGCACAGAUGCCCCCAAGGUCAACAAUGCAUGUUCGACCUUCACACAAGGUGUAUUAUUUUUGGGGUGUGAGACAAACAGGAAACAUGCUGGCGCAACAAGAAGCAAUGCAACCUGUGUGUUGGCACUGAGGAAAGCGUCCUCUGCGAAUAUCUGCUGGCGGGACUAGUGGGUAUUCGGCCUGCAUAUCAGCAAAAACGUGUGCCAGCGCACUUAGUUCUGGUAUAUCCUCAAUGCGGCUUGCAGGUAGCUGUUUGCGACGGGUCUUAGUGUCGGGUCAUGUCGGGUGUGACACUUGAGUGGUGUGUUGUUCCCGCGCAAGCAAACAUGUCCAGACGUGGACACAUGAACAAACAAGCUAGAAGAGUCGACUGGCUCUGGAAGCGUGUGAGAAGUUGUGCAAGAAGGCAUGCUGACUGGUGCACACCAUUGGCUGCACCUCCUGCCUUUCCGGCCUUGCCAUCAGCGUGCAACCGCACCAUAGGUCGGCAAAGGACGCUGCGAGGACAAUAGGAAGCAGACGAUUGCGUCAGAUCAGGUUGUUUUGCAACACGUGGCAGACAAAGGCCGUGAUUUCACCUUUGUUGCCCUGGCAAUAUCCGAUCAUUUGCACAAGCUGUUUACCCUGAUGUGCUUUUCGAUGUCCCAUGCCUGUUUCUUUCCAACCCAUGUCUCAUGCUCCCGCCAGGUUUGAAGGGUGCUCGCGUGCCAGAUGCUUAGGCUUUGUCGCGUGUUUGCCAAUGUGCUGGGCAUGGGCAGCAGGUAUCCUUUUGGAAGCACCCCCCGUGCCAUGGAUGGUCUGCCACCUCCACAUGGUCCCCCCAAGCCUGCCGAAGGCAUGGGCGAAGUUUAGCAGGUCCGGCACUACCUUUGUUGUUACCACCUCCGCGUGUAAGGGAGAGGAGUGGCGACCUCGGCGUCAUCGCGCGACAUGCGCUUCCCCGUAUGCAGCCCGUUGUACCUCUGACCGACAAUUGAGGGAGUGGAAGUUGGGUGGUUGCGCUUCGAGCCACCCCAUGGACUACCUGGAUGGGUGGUGAUGAGGAUAGCCAGAGGGCAACGAGGGCAUUUUGCCCGUCGCAAAUCGUUUGUGUAGGCAAAUUAGUUUCGGCGGGAGACAGCCCCGGCUGUCACGCAUAUGAGGCUGAGGCGGCAGCUUUCUUUGACUGCCAUUUUUGAGGAAGGGGCGUCUACCACUGACUUCGCACUGGCCACGCCUAAGGUGAUGUGGUCUACCUGGCCCAUUGCCUGCCAAAACAAGCCCCGUGCAGUGGCUGCGGGAUGAAUGUCCAUAUCACGACAUAGUUUCCUUAGAACAUUGGUCACCGCCAUAGGGCCAGGAACGAACACCACCCUUUCCAUUUGCCCCAUCAAACAAAAGGUAAACGGCGCGCCCCCCUUCCGGCUACGGUAGGGGGGAUUUGCUGUAUUGGAGCGAAUCGGUGAAGUAUUCCGAGAUCUGUCGAGAAAAACCGUCAGAAGCUGAUGCGAGUCUUUGCCUUUCCAGUGGGCGUGUAGAGAGCCGUGUGAUGCGCCUGAGAUUGGCGUUCCCGCUGCGUCGCGCGUGCAACUGCUGCCAAACCUCAGAGCAACACGGCGCCGCCCUGAUGCCCAGGGCCGCGACAUGCGCGCUAUUCUGACAAAAGGCCCAGAAUGCUCACAGCAACACGAUGCAAUUCUUGAAAAGCUUUCCGUGCUUUCCAGUCGAGUCUCUCGAGGCAGGUGGGACAUUUCACCCUAGUAUUUUGAGCGUGCCACAAGGAGCGUGCUAGUGUUGCCCAGCGUGGUAUCAGGGUACAGCAAGACGUUCAAGGCCGACACGCAAUGAAGCCG